AUGUCAGGGCCCAAGCCAAAGAAGAAGAGGAAAAUACGGAUUCUCAGGUAGUUGUCCGGGUUUUCCUCUUGCAUUGCGCCCCACAUCUCCAAUGUCUACAUUCGAUUCCGUCUUUUCCGGAUUCCUACACAAAGUACCCAUCUUCUUGCAUUCUGGACCACCACAAUGAGUUCUCACAGUCAGAACAUCCCCAGAAACCCCACAAACAACAGAUCGCCAGUCUCCUCUCCCCGCAAGCGGGCCCAAAAUGAUGUAGGUACAUCGGAGAACCGCAGGAAAGACCCCAAAGUCAGUCGAGCCUGCGACUUGUGCAAGAUCAAAAAGAUUCGAUGCACAGGCACUCUUCCCUGCGUGAACUGUGCUAGGAGACGAUUGAAUUGCGCCUAUGCGACCAAAUAUGCGCGCGGCAGGCCUCCAACGCCACUACCUCUGGCAAGGCAAGACGGCCCAACAGUUGCAAGAGUAACCUCAACUUCGUCUAUUUCCGAUGCGGGGAUCGAACGCGAUAGUAGUGGCAGGAUUGACAGGUCGGUCCCAAAUGAGAUGACCACUGGGCGGCUUCCAUCAUCCUCUAACGAGGCUGCACCCUCGCGAGCAUCUCCCGAAUUAGAGAUUGAAGGUCAAUAUUUCGAUCCCACUUCCGGUCUAACCUUCUUACAUCGAGCAUGGAGGAAACUAUUUGCACAAAAGGGGGAAAUGGCAGCACAUGGCUCAAAUGAGGCAGAUAAACAUCAACUUUUAACAUGUGCAGGAGAUAGACCCUUUUAUCUCGAUGAGCAGGGCACAGAAUUGAUCCCAGACGACAUGACAGCACGGACGCUACUUUCGCUUUAUUUUGACACCUGUGUUGUGACGUAUCGCAUAUUCCAUCGGCAGACGGUAGAAAAUUGGCUGGAAAUAUUCUUGAAAGAUAGGGAACAAAACCGCCAGAUUUCGUAUUCUCUCGGCAAUGCUAAAUGUGCAAUUAUUUUGACCGUCUUGGCAAUUGCAGGCUUUCGAAACGAGAAGCUCAAAGGCGGGUUCUAUUCUGGGGAUAACGAGGCAUUAGCUUUGCGUCAGAACGACCGCUUGUUCUGCGUUGCGAUGAAUUUGACGGACUCCGAAAUGGGAUUUCCACGCCUGGAAUCGGCCCAGGCUAGACUGGUUCAAGUUCUUUACCUUCUCCAGACCUCGCGUAUGAACAAAGCAUGGUAUACAUUCGGCAGCGCAUAUCAUAUCUUUUCCUCUUUAGGCCUCCAUCGACGACGGUCCCGGAAACAAGGUGUGUCGUUCAAGAGCCAUAGUAGUGACUACAUCAGCCUCCAAUGUGCUAAACGCGUCUUCUGGGUUGCCUAUACCAUUGAUAAGUACCUCAGUGUGGUAUUUGGAAGACCUCGGUUCUUGCAUGACGAGGACAUUGAUCAGGACUUUCCCGAUAGUAUAAACGAUGAAGACAUGGGACCGUACGGCCCUCUGGAAUCCGAAGCUUCGGAAGAAUGUCAUGUUGACUCUCUAAUAUUUCAUGCCAAGAUCGCUAGAAUAAUCGGCCGAAUAUCCCGUGAAGUGUAUGCAAUAGGCGAUAUACGAACUGAAGACCGAGUUGCAGCUGCUCAUCGUCUCGUUGGCGAGCUGCACGAAUGGCGUACUAGCCUUCCCCCGCAUCUAGGCACAAUAAAGCCAUCUACACUAAUGCCUAGUUUCCGGCGUGAAUCUAGUGCUCUUAAUCUCGCCUAUCACCAUGCAGUCAUCCAUGCCAACCGGCCGUUCUUAUUAGGAGACGGGAACAGCUCCAAUAGUGACGCACCAUAUGUUAAAGACAGAGUAGCUGAAUGUAUCUCUGCUGCCAAAGUGACGUUGGAAUUGGUGAAUAACAUGGCAAACGACACCAAUUUAUUCCACUCCUUUUGGUGGACUCAUUAUGUCACAUUCUGUGCACUAGCGGUGGUGUAUGUCUGGGAGAUUCAGCGUAGUUCAAACAAUAACAAUUAUGAGAGAGACGACGACGACGAAGCAUCCUAUACGAAACUGUUCGACCUGGCAGAAAGAUGCCGGUCUCACUUGCUCCGGGCAAAUUCAGCAGCUUCUCCCAGUCGACGAUACGGUGUCAUCUUGGAGGAACUGAGAAAAGAAGCUCAACAGCAGGCUGUCCGAAACCACGGAUCUAUUCUCUUUCGUUGCACCCGCAAGCACCGGCCCUUACGCAAAGUACGGAUAACACUUCUUCUGAUCCGCAGCUGAACUUCUUAGCAGUCCCUGAAACAGGUUCUGAAUAUGCCGUUCCUCCGACCACGGGAGGUGAUUUUCUGAAUGCAGUUCCCAGUUUGCUGAAUACAUGGCAGCCCACAGAUUGGUUAGAUUUAGACUCCUCGGCAUUUUGCCCUAUUCUUGAUAUCUAUGAUGAUACUUCGCCGGCAUGGUUGUCCACGAUAAACUAGCCACAUAUUGAUGACAAAUGUCAGGAUAAUUCUUCAG